AUGUCAUCUCGAUUCCCUCCAUCGUCCGGGUUCAAUUCCCGUGACCGCUCUCCGCAACGCUUUGGAGACCGACGUCCCCCAGUUGGUCCCCGUGGUCCUGACGACGGCCCUGUACCAUUCGGAAGGGAUCCUCCCCGUGGCCCUCGAGCUUUGGUUGAUUCCCCUCGGGGUGGUCAUUUCGGUGGUCGUGGUAGAGGCUACGGCCGUGGUGAUUUCCGCGAUCGAGACCGUGACCGCGACCGUGACUUUCGAGACAACCGCGAAGGACCUCCAUUCCGCCGAGACUUGGAUCGCGACUGGCCUCGCCGUGGACAUGACCGUGAUCGCGAUUUUGACCCACGGGACAACCGCAUAGCCACCAGGGCGCGAUUUCGAUCUGGUCAGGAUGCGACGCAACUCAAGGGACAGCAUUCUAUCCGCUUCCUCGGGGGUCCAGAUGGCCCGCCGCCCAACAUCAGCCACAUGCCCAGAGGUGGUAUGCGAGGACGUGGCCGUGGGGAUUGGGAAGGCGGCCGUGGCAGAGGUGGACGACCUUUCCUUGACGAUCGUGAUCUGUUCCGUCGACGCAGUCGGUCUCGUGAGCCAUGGCGUGGUCGUGAUAGAAUGAUCGACCGCGAUAGAGAACGGGAUUUGGAUCGAGACCGCUUACUAGAUCGCGAGCGCAUGCUGGAUCGAGAUCGAGAUCGAGACAUUCUGCGCCCGAGAGACAGGGACCGAGAUCUCUUAGAUCGCGACUUGGACCGUCGAGACCGCUUUGAGCGCCGCGAAGAUUGGGACACCAAUCGACGAUCUGAUCGUGAAGAACGCGACCGUCCAGUGGACUUCUGGAAGCGAGAUCGUCCUCCAAGUCGCGCAGAUAGUCGGGCCGCGAGUGGUUCGACCACCUCUUCGCACCCUCUAACGGCAUCAGGCCCAGUCACGAACUCAGUAGAACGUCAGGCUGAACACCAACUCGUGGACCAACCCCGAAAGCAAUCAGUCAUUCCAACUCCUGGAGGCCCCGACUCAGGGCGAGAUGUCGAGCGAAGUGAUCAUACCACACCUCGACCUGACCCCAUUCGACCAAAUCCCGUUCGACCCAAUGCUGGUCGACCCGACCAUGUUCAACCUGAAUCUACUCGAGCUGAAUCUUCUCGACAGGACUCCACUCGACCCGAUCCUGCUAAACCUAGUCCUAUUCGGACUGACCUUAUCCAACCCGACUCUGCUCGGCCCAAUCCUACUAGACUCGACCCGGUCCAGUCUGAAUCUAUUCGACCUGGCCCCACUCAAUCCGAUCCCGUUCGGCCGGACCUCCUUAAGGAGCCUGGACCAGUGGCUCGACAGUCACCACCCCCAGCUGCCCCUCAAGUACCCGCCUUCGGUUCGGUGGCUGCUUCAAUACAGAACAAUUCCUCAGAUCAAGAUCUACUGGAUCGCAAAGCACCCAGAGCCGGACAACCUCGGGAGAAGGACGGCAGAAGCAUGGCCCAAAGACCACCAGCUCAGCCUCCCACUGGCCCCAAGGCGGAACGAGCCGACACAGCACACUCCUUUGACCCUCGCACCCGCCACGACGGUAUGAGAGAGCCUGGCCACCAGCAGUCUUUGCCUCCUCGGAGUUUCAAGGCGCCUGUUAAUCUUCCCGAUGUAUCACCACCUACCGCUCCAGCUGCUAUGACCAGGCCAGAUCCGGCCCUUGCGAACAACGACCCAUUCACAGCAGCUAGAUCAAACUCAAUAACCUCCUCUCCGACCUUUACGCGACUCCCACCACCAGCCCCACGAGCACCGUCCCGUGAGCCAUCCAUGUCACCCCGCAUGCAAUCUUCGGGGAUUCCCACCGGCCCUCGAGCAUUACAAUGGCCGCAAGCACCCUCUCCACGUGGUCGAAAAGGCAGCAAACAGUGGGUGCGACCCGGCUACGGUCGAACGCCUUCCAUCUCCAAUGCACCUCCGAAGCAAGAUCUUGUUGAUGACGGUGACUACGUUCCCCCUACCAAUGAAACUGCGCGAUCCGCCCCUCGACCCCCAUCUCCAUUCGACAUGGAUGAGCCAGAGAGUGGGGAGAUUCUGCCACGCGAACCUACAAAGGAGCCAUCCCCUGUCUCUCCAAUGGGUCUUCCUAUCCGGCGCAGCCUCUCCGCUGCGGAUGGCCCCAGUGACGCUAAGGAGCCUCAGGAAAAAUUGGCGAAUGAGGAACCUGGCAUAAUCCCGGACUUCGAACGCUCCAGCGACGAAGAAGAUGGGGGAAACAUCGUUUUCACGAAGGAGUACCUGGACGAAAGAAAACAGCUUUUCGAGAAAGACAUGGAGUCACUUCGAGCGGAACUCCCACCUUCGCCUCUAGAGGACCCGAAAAUUGUCGCUUUAUUAAUGAAAAUCCAGCUGCUUGGCAUGAUGGCAAACCAAGACAUAAUCGAACCAUCUAUUGAGGGCGCAUUGAGGCAACCGGUUGAGCCACCAGCAGAACAGUCCACUGAACAAUUGGUUGAAAUUCUACCUGAGGAAUCGCCUGACCGUCCCGUCCCGUCGGCACAGGAAGAUGAACCCAAAGUUGACCCUAUGUCGUUGGUGGAAGAAGAGGAAGAAGAUUCGAAGGUCCACACUCGUGCAGAACGUGCGGUUUCUUCUGCGCCGGCCUUACCCGAGCACGAGCCAGAACCGCCUGCGAAAACGGUGAUGCCUUUAAUAGCUUCCCGCGAUGAAGUCAAUGUCAACAAUCUGCCCUUCCUGCAUUCGGGUCCCCCAACGCCAAUUUCAGACAUGGAGGUUUACUUUGAGAACAAUGCGACUCAUGAUCGCCUCAAAGGGUCUUUCAUUUCUGAACUUUCCAAGGAGCAACAGGCACUCUUCCAAAAGAACGAGGUUCUCCGUGAUGAGUAUCUGUCUUACUAUAAGUCAUGGCGAUUGGCCAUUUGGGAACUUGACCGUCUGAAAGACAAAACAUCUGUCACCCCUGCUCCUGUGUCACCGCCAGUGUCCACAGUUCCAACUACCCCGGCAACAAUGCCAGAAGGUCGCGAAGGCCGUCGAUACAAAGGCAACAGCGAACUUGAUUUCCUCAAUGCUCUAAAAGCUUCCGAAAUAUCAGCCCAAGAGGAACUCGAACGCCGACGGAAUAAAAAGCCCACUGCUUACCCGGACUUGGGCAAAGAGGCGAUCAUCCCGAAUAUGCUUGAACUCAAGGAGGAAAAGGCAGCCGUCUACAAGGAUGUCAACAACAUUAUCGAAUGCCAUAGGGCUCUGGAUGUGUUUGGGUUCAUCCCACCGCCGAAUGACUUUACACCUCAAGAGCAUGUCAUUUUCACGAACGCGUUCAUGGCAUACCCAAAACGAUGGGGUAAGAUCGCCGAGUCGUUACCUGGUCGAACCUUCCAACAAUGUAUUGUGCACUACUAUUUGACCAAAGAAGAGAUCAAGUACAAGGCCAAACUCAACAAGCGCUGGAGCAAACGCAGCAAAGGAGCUCGUAAGGGUGCGCGACCAAAGUCCAAUGCCCUCAUUGCAGACUUGGGUGUUGUGAAAUCGGAUUUUGAUGGCGGCGAUGAUACACCCGCUGUCACCGACACCGGUCGCCCGCGACGUGCAGCGGCACCCACCUUCGGCGAGACCGUUGAGGCAGAGAGCAGUGUAACGAUCGGCCGUCGUGGCCAACCAGCCCGUGAUAGCGAGCCUACUGAAAGGACCCCUGCUCGACGAGCCGGGCGUGGCACAGGCACCCGCGGCGGCCGGCGCACGAAAGCCCCCCAGCCCGAAAUGAAGAGCCAGGCGCUACUUCCUCAAGUUGACAUGCCCUCUGUCGCGCCGCCGCCGCCGCCUGCUCCCAUUGGGACUGAGAUGGAAAUGAUGCCGGACACCAUGAUGGAAGCAUACGAAAUUCGAGAACGCCAGCGCGCCGAAAGAGAAUCCUUGCAACCAGUUCCACGAGGCAGAAUCGGCCGUGGGCGGGCUAAAGAUGGAGUCUAUGUAUUUGAGUCGACUGAACCCGAGCAACCUCUGGCAAACAAACAACACGAGUCUGGAUAUGGCUCUUUGCAGCCGACAAGUUAUUGGUCUGUUCCCGAGCAGCGUGAUUUCCCAGCCUUGCUGGGACAUUUUGGCCGUGACUUUGAGGGUAUCUCUGGGUGGAUGAAAACGAAGACAACGGUGAUGGUCAAAAACUUCUUCCAGCGCCGUUUAGACUCCGGCCACAAUGACUUUGAGUUGAUUGCAAAGGAUGCGGAGGAAAAGAAGGCUCGUGGUGAAUCUCCUGGGAAACUUCCAAAUCCAAGUGUCGCCCCUAAGCGACGAUACGAGGCGACACCAUCGUCUAUUAUUCCCCGCCCACUUGCGCCUCAUGAUGCCAUGAUGGAGAUAGAGGAAAACCGCUUCCCCUCAAAAGGCAGACCUCCUCUUCAGUCGCCGCAGCCAAUAUCUGUGCAUGGACGACCCAUGUCGGAAAAAGAGCGGAAUGCCAGUCGCUACCAACCCCUUGCACAAGCCUCGGCUGCCUCGCCGGUGCCUUCAACCGCAACUCUUAUCGAAGAAUCCACUCGAGCGAUCCGCGCACAAGGGGGGGCCGGCACACCGCGCACAGGCGCGCAAGAUUUGCCAAUGUCUUCACGACACCCAAGUGCCAUGCCACCAGAUGUCGCACGCAUGGAUCCCUUGGCUGGACAGGCCUAUAUGUCUUCCCAGCAGCCAUCGUCACUUUUCUCGUCAUCUCAUUCCCGCCAUCCCAGCUUGAAUCAAACACCUGGUUCACCAAGCCAACUACCCAGACCUGAUCUUGAAUUGGCCUCUGUACACCGUGAUCCGUUCCCCCAGCGGUCUUACUACCCCAUCGCAGGUCAACCAAUCGGGAUUUCACAGUCACCUCGCCCGGGUUUGUCCCCAGUCAAGGACACCCCUCGUCCCAGUGCCACCCCUGGUCCCGACGCCGCUUCUCGUCAAAUACCAGCCAAGCGUUCUAACAUCAUGAGCAUUCUGAAUGACGAGCCUGAAGAGCCUCAACCUCGCAAGCGCUUUGCUAGUGAGCAAGCUCCGCCUGCACAAGCUGCAACGCCGGGCAUAAACCCAAGGCCCGUUUACCAAGCCGCGGGAUCUUCUCGCCACGAAGAAAUGGGUAUGGUAGGGAUGCCACCCAAGUCCUCUGGCUACGCCCCGCAAACCCAAUAUCAGCAAACAUCUCGCGGCUAUUCAGAGUACCCAGGAUACGGACCUCCACAGGGCGGCUCGGGUACUUCAGCAAAUACCGAUUGGAUGGCACGGUUUGAUCCACGGGCGCAACAAACACCUCCACAGUCCCAGGCCCCAUCAUUGCCACAGCAACAACAGUCACAGGCCAGUAGCCGUGCUCCGGGUCCUUUGGCCUCCCAGGGCACAUAUUCGUCUUACGCGACCAACCCAAGCCAUGCGUCGGUACCCGCGCCAAGUCUUUCCGUCCCGUCCCCUGCCCCAACCCCGCCACCAACGAAUGCGUCGCAGCGACCAACUUAUUCGAACGUCUUUCCGCAAUCAUCUGGUCAGCAAUCCGUAGCCUCAGCUUCGCGGGAGCUGGCUUCACAGCCCUCAUCCUACCGCCCAGGAUCACCGGGCUCACGCUCAAGCAUGGCAUAUGGCUCACGACAAGAUCCACCGACGCCUGCGCAAUCUACGACUAGUCUGUAUGGUGUCCAUGCACGCCAGUCCGGGACGCCUUCGUCGUACUCGGCUGCGCCCACUCCCAACCCAGUGCAGUCACAUAAUUAUCAGCAGCAUGUUCAAACAAUGGUCAGUGGGUCGCACCAACCUCAGUCUCACCGGUCCACGCCUGUUACAUUAUCUGGCGGCUCUUCGCAAUACGGCCACAGUACCCCUCCUCCCCAGUCUCAGGCUGGGCGAUCAAUGGCCUCGCUGGCGAGCCUUGGGCGCUCGUACACUCCUCCAUCGGCCUUACAUCCCUCAAUGAGCGGAAAUGCUAUGGGUGGCUACGCUGCCCCUCCCCCGUCUGCACAAGGGUCAAUUCCACAAAUGCAUCAACGAUCUGUUGGGGGAGGUUCGCUGGGCGAGAAUGGCUCUACUCCGAGACAUCAUCGUGUUUACAGCCAUGGGUCAGCCCAGGGUCGAGUACCGGGAUCGCUGCCGCCGCCUUCCCAUCAACCACGCUGA